AUGGUCACUCACCGGGGGAUAGAGGUUAACCCCGAAAAGGCACAGAACAUCCUCAAGAUGCAGCCCCCAACAUCGAUAAAAGAUGUCCAGAGACCCAACGGCCGGCUGGCCGCCUUGAACAGAUUCAUGUCCAAGCUCGCGGAGAAGUCCCUCCCAUUCUUCCAGGUCAUGAAGCAAAGGAGCGGCUUCACCUGGACCCCGGAAUGCCAGGAGGCCUUCGAUCAAUUUAAAGCAUAUUUGUCCGCGGCACCGGUAGUUUCCAAGCCAGAGAAAGGGGAAACAUUGUACGUAUACCUCGGGGUAGCACCCGCGGCCAUUAGCUCGGUGCUACUCAGAGAGGAAACAUGCAUCCAGAAACCUAUCUACUACGCCGAGCUCAGAAACCCAGUCUCGUCAGGCCGCAUGGUGAAGUGGGCGGUCGAACUCUCCCAGUAUAAUCUCGAGUAUCGCCCCCGCACAGCUAUCAAGGGUAAAGCCCUCGCUGACUUCAUCGUGGAAUGCACCAUCUCGGAACGCCAGGAGAGGCAGACUGAAGAAGGCGCAGGAGAGUGGGAAAUGUAUACCGAUGGCGCCUCGAGUAAAAAGGGUUGCGGCGGUGGCGUCGUGCUCAUCUCGCCGAAAGGAUUCAAGGCCUACCAAGCCUUCAGAUUCUGCUUCCCUCUAUCCAACAACGAAGCCGAAUAUGAGGCAUUGAUCGGGGGCCUGAGGUUGGCCCGGGCCCUGCAAACACGCCACCUCAAGAUUCGGUCAGACUCACGACUGGUCGUGGGCCACGUCAACAAUCAGUUCGAAGCACGGGAAGACAGGAUGCGGCAGUGCCGGGAUGUAGUCCAAAGACUAUUGGCAUCCGUAGAGCGGUGGGAACUAACCCAAAUUACAAGGACCGACAACAGCGAGGCAGACCUUCUGUCCCGCGUGGCUCAAGGUGUCGAAGACCACCUGAGUUAUGUGUCUAAGAUAGCUCGGACAAUUGACAUCGAUGCCCCCAGCAGAGAUAAGGACGAGGUCCUGGCUGUAAUACCGUCCCCGGAUGAAUGGAUAGCAGAAGCCGACAAAGUCAUAGCGGAAGUCCACGAAGGAGUGUGCGCUGUACACCAGGGCGCCCAAACCCUGGCCAGGAAAAUUAUCUUGCAAGGGUAUUACUGGCCCCGCAUCAGAUCCGAUUGCCAGGACUACGUGAGGAAGUGCCCUACAUGCCAGAAAUUCACGAUCUUACCCGGCAAGCCCGCAUCUUAUUACACCCCGGUCACUUCAGCCAUCCCAUUCGCGCGUUGGGGCAUCGACUUGGCAGGUCCUUUCCCCAAAGGGGUGGGAGGCCUGAAGUUCCUAAUCGUGGCCAUAGAUUAUUUCACCAAGUGGGUAGAAGCAGAGCCCCUUGCCUCCAUCACGGGGACCCAGUGCCGAAAAUUUGUAUGGAAAAAUAUCUUCACGAGAUUUGGAUUACCCCACCAAAUCGUGUCCGACAACGGCAAACAAUUUGACAACCAAGAAUUCGCUCAUUUCUGCGCUUAUUACGGAGUGGAGCAUAUCAAGGUCGCCGUAGCCUAUCCCCAAGCUAACGGUCAGGUGGAGAACACCAACCGCACCAUCAUUGACGGAAUUAAGAAGAGAGUCGAAGCAACGGGGUCCACCUGGUACGAGGAACUACCGUCCAUAUUAUGGGCCUAUAGAACAACCCCCCGAAAAGCAACGGGGGAUACCCCUUUCGCACUCACAUACGGGUGCGAGGCACGGACACCAGUAGAGGUGAUAACCCCUGCGAGUAGGAACACGCGAUUCCAACCUGGCCAGAAUGAUGAAGACCUCCGGGUUGAAUUGAAUUUCGUACAAGAGAGGAGGGAGGCAGCCAGGCGAAAUAUUGCUAUCUACCAACAGGCAAUUAAACGCUACCACGACGCAAGAACAUGCCCCCGCAAUUUCCAGGUCGGCGACCUAGUCCUACGACGACGAGAAGCCAGCAAACCACUUCAGGGGGGGCAAGCUAGCCAAGAAUUGGGAGGGGCCGUACAAAGUGGCGGAGUCAGUGCCAAAAACACUUACAAACUUAAAAAAAUGCAGGGUAGGACCGUGGAUCGCGUUUGGAACGCCCACCACCUACGAAGGUUCUUUCAGUAA